GCACGCGCUGGUGGACUGCAGAGCUGCCGGCGAGGCGCUGGCGCGGCCCCCUGGCGGGCGGGCGGUGAAGCCCCAGGCCCGAGACCCAGACCUGAGCAUCUGAGGUUCGAGUCCCACCUCGGCCAGGGGCGGAGCCGUGGGCGGCCUCGUGGUGGUGCACUUGCUCUCUGAGCCGUUCUAGUGAGACGGGCCCGGAACGAGGCGGCAAGGCGGCCCUCGUGGGGUCCCCAGUCCACCCAGCGGACGGCCAAGAGGAUGAGUGACAAGCUGGACACCGAAGGCCCGGAGCCCAUGGACGACUGCGACCAGAACAGCAGCAGUGCUCCAUACAGCCCUGCAGCACCUGCACCCCCGGAGGAGGAGAAGGAAGAGGGGGCUGCGGCGGCCCCAGGGCCUGGGCCUCAGCCUGGGCUGUACGGCUACAUCAGAGACGGCCUGUUCACCUCGGAGAUCUUCAAGCUGGAGCUGCAGAACGUACCUCGCCACGCCAGCUUCAGCGAUGUCCGCCGCUUCCUGGGCCGCUUUGGCCUACAGCCCCACAAAACCAAACUCUUUGGACAGCCACCGUGCGCCUUCGUGACAUUCCGCAGCGCUGCUGAGCGAGACAAGGCCCUGCGGGUGCUGCACGGUGCUCUCUGGAAAGGCCGUCCGCUCAGCGUGCGCCUGGCCCGGCCCAAGGCAGACCCCAUGGCCAGAAAGAGGCGGCAGGAGGGAGAGGGCGAGCCCUCGGUGACACAGGUCGCCGACGUGGUGACCCCUCUUUGGACAGUGCCCUACGCCGAGCAGCUCGAGCGGAAGCGGCUGGAGUGCGAGCAGGUGUUGCAGAAGCUCGCCAAGGAAAUCGGGAGCACCAACCGCGCCCUGCUGCCCUGGCUGCUCACGCAGAGGCACAAGCACAACAAGGCCUGCUGCCCGCUGGAGGGCGUCAAGCCGUCACCCCAGCAGACCGAGUAUCGUAAUAAGUGCGAGUUCCUGGUCGGCGUCGGGGUGGACGGGGAGGACAACACUGUUGGCUGCAGGCUCGGCAAGUACAAGGGGGGGACGUGCGCUGUGGCACCCCCUUUUGACACUGUGCACAUCCCCGAGGCCACCAAGCGAGUAGUCCAGGCCUUCCAGGAGUUCAUCCGGUCCAAACCCUACGCGGCCUAUGACCCAGAGACAUACGCCGGCCACUGGAAGCAGCUGACCGUGCGCACCAGCCGCCGCGGCCAGGCCAUGGCCAUCGCCUACUUCCACCCCCAGACGCUGGGCGUCGAGGAGCUGGCGGAGCUGAAGACCUCCCUGGCGGAGCACUUCUUCUCCGGGCCAGGCAAGGCCAGCGGGGUGACCUGCCUCUACUUCGUGAAGGAGGGACAACGGAAAGCCCCCGGCCAGGAGGGCCUGCCCCUGGAGCACGUGGCCGGGGACUGGCGCAUCCAUGAGGACCUGCUGGGGCUGACCUUCCAGAUCUCCCCUCUCGCCUUCUUCCAGGUGAACACGCCUGCGGCCGAGGUGCUCUACACGGUCAUCCAGGACUGGGCCCAGCUGGACGCAGAAAGCACGGUGCUGGACGUGUGCUGCGGCACCGGUACCAUCGGCCUGGCCCUGGCCCGGGUGGUGAAGAGAGUCGUCGGCAUCGAGCUGAGCCAGGAGGCCGUGGAGGACGCCCGGGCGAACGCCCACGCCAAUGACCUGAGCAACGUGGAGUUCCACUGCGGCAGGGCCGAGGACCUGGUGCCUGCCCUGGUGAGCAGACUGGCCUCGCAGCAGCUCGUGGCCGUGCUGGACCCGCCGCGCGCCGGCCUGCAUUCCAAGGUGAUCCUGGCUAUCCGCAAGGCCGAGAACCUCAAGCGGCUCCUGUACGUCUCGUGCAACCCCCGGGCAGCCAUGGGCAACUUUGUGGACCUCUGCAGGGCUCCCUCCAACAGGGUGAAGGGCACCCCGUUCCGUCCAGUCAAGGCCGUGGCCGUGGACCUGUUCCCGCAGACCCCGCACUGCGAGAUGCUCAUCCUGUUCGAGAGGGUGGAGCACCCCAACGACACGGGGGUCCCAGGGUCCCAAGACCCUCCAGCCCAGCCCCCACCAGGGCCCUCAGGUGACGGCCCACCAGAAACUGGGACCUCCCUCUCGACCUAGACCCUGGGAGCUGCAAAAGCUGGCCCUUCCAGAGCCGGGUCCCCCCAGGUCUGCUGCACCCCAGGAUGAUCAGAGGGCAGGAGACCCGGCUGCCCACUCCCCUGGGCCCAGCCUGGUGCUGUGGGCUCUGGCUGGAAAGGCAGGCAGGCUCCUGCGGCCUGCCCCCGCACUGCAGCCCUUCCUGGCACAGGUAAACGAGGCAGAAUAAACAGCCGUGAACAAGGA